AUGUCUGAAAAAUCCCGCAUAGCGUUUAUCCUGGACCACCCAGUGGAGCCAUCCUACCCUGUGGGCUUUAACUCAUCUCCUGUCACGAGAAUCAUUGAACCUAGAGUUGCGGAACAGCCAAGUGAGGCACGACCUCGCCGAUCAGCUGAACCCAAUGGAUCAGAUCAAAUUGGUGUUGAGGAUGCUUCAGUCUCAUUUCUUCCAACCAGCGAAGAACCCAACAAGCGUACGGAUGUAUUUUCGAUGAUCGAGAAUCUCCGCUCUUCCUCACCCCCCACAAAUACACCAAAGGAAUACGGGUUCAUGACACCUCCGCAGUUACGUGGUCUGCGUGGUCCCGAUCGUGGGUCGGGAACACCCCAAACGCCCACUUUGCCACCUGUCAUAGCUGACAAUGAAGACGGCUUUCUCGGCUCUUCUCCGACUCCUGGUAUUAGAGGUCGAACACAGUCUGUUGGAUCGCAGAUACCAUCGUCGUUAUCAACACCAGCAAUGGACUCUCACUUUGACAGUGACCUUCCAUCCUCGCCUCCUGAGCUCAAGUCACAGGGUGCAAAUGCCCGCAACAAACAGAUAUCUCUGAGCACUACAGCUGUCGAGAACAGAGUGAGCAAGAAGAAGAAAGCUAAGAAAUCUAAACGUUCGGCAUCGAAGGAUAAGAAACGAUCUGACAGUCAACAUACGCAAUCUGAAGAGGCACGCGAAGGUCCCAGUCAAGCAGGAACACCGCUGAGCAGUCGUCUCCGUUCAUCUACCGGCAAGACAUCCAAGGCUGACGCGCAAAGUACGACUGAACCUCAGCCUAAUAUGCCCCCCAUGGGUGAAUCAAACCUUGCUGCGAACGCUUCAAAUUCUAAUCACGGCUCUCCUGACAAGUCAAUGUUCUCUAAAUCUACUCCUAAGGACGUCGCCGUAUCUGGUGAAACCACGGACGGUCUAGACCCUGCUUCUGACUGGAUCGCGGAUUCUUUCAGUGACGACAUGGAGACGCAGAUUGCGUCUCAACUAGAGCAAGACCUAGAAUUUGCUGUCGAUUCGGAUAAACCAGAUCAAGAACAAGAGGCGGGGCUUCCGUUUGAACCUCCGUCUGAACCUCCGAUGACAAGGAAAAGGAAAAGAGAUGAAGAAAUCGCGUCAACACCUUCUAGUAAAGAGCGACGUCGAUCGACGAGACAUUCUGCGAAGGAAAUAGAUAAUGCUGAUCUCGAGGAACCUCGGAGCACCCGCUCAAAGAAGUCAACGUCGUCGAGCAAUGCCCAACAGGUUGCAUCUUCACCAGCUGGGUCAGCGCCGAAGAAGCAAAAGCUCCAUGCAAAAGGCGCUGCCGAUGAUGCACCUGCCAGUCUGCCCGAUCUACAGCUGGGCAAUCCCGGCACUACUAAGGUCAGUGAGGCCACUGACUCUCAGAAACGCAGGUCCUCCCGCCUGAGUGGUCACUCCCCACUGGCUGUACCAAGAGAAGACGCAACUCCCAGGAAAUCACCUCGGAAAGGUCGUUGGCGUAAGCGAAACGCUAAGCGUAAAGGCAAUGCAUCAAGGGAACCAUCUCCGAGGCCAGAGGCUCAUGCCGAAGAAAUUGCUACGGCAGCUUCUCAUGAUAAUCACGAGGAAGAAACACAAGAGGGUUCUUUCGAACACCAUGACAUUCAACACCCCGAGGAACCUGCCCCGGCCGCCGAGAAGACGGCUACCGCUCCUACAAGCGAGAAGGAACCACCUACCAACCAAGAACCUAAAAACGAUAUCAAUAUAGGAAACGCGGACGUCGAUUCCGUUUUCCGAACAGGAAAACAAGCCCUCUCCCGAACAACCCAGAUGGAUGCCCAUCCAGAUAAUGUCAGCGGCGCAACAGGGAUUAUCACCUCGUUCAGAAACCUGCUGGACGAUAUUAAAUCGGCCACCCUGGACCGAGAUGCGAUUCGACAAAUUGAUGAUUUGAUGUUUGAAAUCCGGGUUGAAACGGGCGAGGCCUUAAGGAGACAUACUGGUUAA